AUGGUCGGAAGUUGUUUACUUAGUGUGAUGGAUAUGGCACGGGAUGGGAAUUCCGUGUGGAUCAAUGUGCACUCAUUACUCAUCGAUGAUGAAAAUACACUUCAUGAAAAAUGGAUUUACGGAGAAAACAAUUUUCCCUUAUCUGCGGAUCAUAUGCGAUAUUUCGCGACCGGCAGUGAAGAAUUCAAUCCAAUACGUGCCCACUUAAUGGUUCUUAAAGAUGGAAAAUUGAUUCCAUCCCAAAUGGCAAACGUUGAGAACGCAGUUGCUUGUCAGAUGAAUGACUAUUCGCCGAAACCAAUGAAUGUUCGUACGGAACUAUUUCGAAAGGCGUAUGCCACGAAAACAAUUAGCUGGAUCGAAGAAAACACAAAAUAUGAAGGCUGCUUUGUGGAAUAUAUGCAACAAACGUCUAUUUCUUGUGGAUUGAAGUGUCACUUGGAUCUCAAAUGCCGCUCGUAUUACUUCGAGGAGAACAAACAGUACUGCAUUCACACUCAGUUUGUGGACAUGAGUUUGGGUCGAACUGUGAGCAGUCUGGAGGCCACACAAUGGAAUCGAUAUACUCGACCAAUGUGGAGAAUGGAUAUCCGUGGAUGA